AUGGCGGCCUGCGGGACCGCGGGGGGCGGCUCAGCCGGGACGGCGGGAGUCUCCCGUGCCCCCGGGCCGUCACCGACGGCCGACGCCGCUCAGCUGGAUGCGGCGGAGGAUUUCGAGGUCCUGGAAGAAGAGGAGGAGGAGGAGGAGGAGGAGGAGGAGGAGGACCUGAGCGAGCUGCCCCCGCUGGAGGACAUGGGCCGGCCGCCGGCCCCGCCGCGGGAGGACACCCAGCCCCCGGAGCAGGACGGGGGGGAAGCGGCUGAGGACCCCCAGGAGUGGCUCGAUGUUUUGGGGAGUGGCUUGCUCAAGAAGAAGACGCUGGUGCCGGGCCAGGGGGUGGACACCCGUCCCCGCAAGGGCCAGGACGUCACCGUCCGCCUGAAGGCCACACUGGAAGAUGGCAGCGUGGUGGAGGAGAACCCUGCCCUCACCUUCACGCUGGGGGACUGCGAUGUCUUGCAGGCUCUGGACCUGUGCGUGCAGCUCCUGGAAAUGGGAGAGACGGCUUUGAUCGUGUCAGAUGCAAAGUACUGCUACGGCGCGCAGGGCAGGAGCCCUGACGUCCCACCCAACGCGGCCCUCACCCUGGAGGUGGAGCUGCUGGCGGCUCGGGACGCGCCGGACCUGGAGCUGCUCAGCGGGAAGGAGAAGAUAGAGCUGGCCAACCGCAAGCGGGAGCGCGGCAACUUCUUCUACCAGCAGGCAGAUUACGUGCUGGCUAUCAACUCCUACGACAUUGCCCUCAAGGUCAUCGGCUCCAGCUCGAAAGUCGACUUCAGCCCGGACGAGGAGGCUGAGCUGCUGGACGUGAAGGUGAAAUGUCUCAACAACCUGGCAGCUUCUCAGCUUAAAUUGGACCAUUAUGAGGCGGCGCUCAAGUCCUGUAACCUCGUGCUGGAGCACCAGCCGGGGAACAUCAAGGCUCUCUUCCGAAAGGGCAAGGUCCUGGCUCAGCAGGGCGAAUACAGAGAGGCCAUCCCCAUCUUAAAGGCAGCGUUGAAGCUGGAGCCUUCGAACAAGACCAUCCACGCUGAGCUCUCCAAGCUGGUGAAGAAGCACGCGGACCAGAAGAACGUGGAGACGGAGAUGUACAGGAAGAUGCUCGGGAAUCCCAGCGCUGCCGGAGCCCCGGGGAAGUGCAAAGACAAGCUGCCCUGGUCCAUCCCCUGGAAGUGGCUCUUCGGUGCAACAGCCAUCGCGCUCGGCGGCGUGGCCUUGUCCGUGGUCAUCGCGGCGAGGAACUAA